CUACCAGCAGGAGGAAUGGCACCAUCUGUGGCUCGGCUUGUGUUUCUCCAGUUUGUUCUAGGACCAGCUCUGAUUGAAGGCAUCAAGGUGCAGAUCGCCAUCAGGAACUUCCGCCGAUUACACAUUGACUAUCCCCGGGUUAGCUACCCAAAGGGCUUCCACGGCUAUUGUAAUGGUCUCAUGGCCUAUGUGCGGGGCAGAAAGUGGAGUUGGUAUUGCCCCCAAAUUCAUUACAUGGUGCAUGCCCCCUGGAGAGAAAUCAAUGGGUUCUGCAAGUACAGUGACAGCUUCUGUGAGAAUUACAACGAAUACUGCACACUCACAGAGGACGCCAUCCCCGUCACGAUCUGCUCUCUGGUCUCUAGACAACCGCCCACGAGCUGCCACUAUAAUGAAACCCUAACCAACCAAAGGCUCUACCUGCUCUGUUCUGGGAAGAAUGAUGCUGAACCAAUAGGCAUCAUUGGCCUCUACUAGGAAAGGAAGGUUUUCAUUCUGAACCACCGCCUACCGCCACCACACGCAAGCCUGACCCUACUCCCGAACUUCUGAUCCCUGGUAUAAGGCUUCCUUCCUGACUUCACAGACAGGCAGGGUCCCCUCCCAAGAGACAAGGAAGGUAGGACAAAUGUCUUGAGCUUCAGUCACCAUGCAAAGUUAUACAGCCUUGUAGCCUCUUUCCAACUUGUUUACCUCCUUUCUUCCCUUACCAUCCUCCCUCUCCCACAGACAGUCUUACCCACCCAAGAAGCUGACUGUGUCCAGUUGGCAGUGACUAUCCAUCCACUGGGCCAGAUCCUGAAUCCUGGAUGGAGGCCCAGAGCCUCAGCUCACACCAUGGCAACAGGCACCCAGCUCCGUGUCUCAACUCCCCAUCCCCACCAGCCUUCUCUUCUUAGCUUUCCCCAUCUCCACUCACUCACCUACACAGUAGGUACCUUUAGCUUCAGGGACCUCCCUAAGACCCUUAGCCUCAUUCUAGCCUCUCUUCUCCAGAAACCUUCUCAGUUCCCAGUCUGUUCCUCUCUGUGAAAUCAUUGAUCUUCUCUCCUCAUCACCUGUUCUUUCCUCUACCACAGAGCCCAGGGUAGUCUCUCCCUGACAUUCCCAACCUCCUGUAGUCACCCUGUCUUCCUUUCUCUGACCCUUUUUCCUUCCCCCCUUCUCACUGUGACUCAGUGGAGUUUCAAGUUACCUUCUCUGACCUGUUCUCCCCAAAGAUUACUGCAUUCCUUUCCUUCCAAAAGCUUCUCCUGAUACC